AACGUUUCAGGACCUUUCCAAGCAAAUGGACAUCUCUUAUGGCACAGUCAGAGAUUCAGCCGUUUAUGAGUACUUCAGAGCGAAAGGCACCAACCCUUUAGAGCAAGACAGCACUUUUGCUGAGAUGUGGAAGACCAUCAGUAAGAACAACGGAGCCGAUAACUGCGUAGCAAACCCUUCGGAAGGUAUCAGGAAGGCCAAGAAAGGCAACUAUGCAUUCCUGUGGGAUGUGGCUGUGAUAGAAUACGCAGCCUUGACAGACGAUGAGUGCUCUGUGACCGUGAUUGGAAAUAGCGUCAGUAGCAAAGGGUACGGGCUGGCUCUCCAACAUGGCAGCCCAUACAGGGAUCUCUUCUCGCAAAGGAUUCUAGAACUACAAGAAGCCGGGUACUUGGAUGUCUUCAAGGAGAAAUGGUGGCCACGGAUGGGACGCUGUGACCUGAACAGCCACACCAAUGCCCAGACGGAUGGGAAAGCCUUGAAGUUGCACAGUUUUGCAGGGGUCUUCUGCAUCUUAGCCAUCGGCCUGCUCCUGGCCUGUCUGGUGGCCGCCCUUGAGUUGUGGUGGAGCAGCAACCGUUGUCAUCAAGAAACACCGAAAGAGAUACAAGCUGGGAGGCAACAGUACCACAAACAUUCCCGCAUUGCCUCACCAUUGUGCCUCAACCUUGCCAUGGAGAGAUCAUCUUUAGGGGAUAAAGAGGUCAACCUAGAGCAGGUCCAUCGGCGUAUGAACAGUUUAAUGGAUGAAGACUUAGCUCACAAGCAACUUUCUCCGGCCUCCAUUGAAAUCUCAGCCUUGGAGAUCGGUGGCAUGCCAUCCAGCCAAGCCCUGGAGCCUGUCCGUGAAUAUCAGAACACACAACUUUCUGUCACCUCUUUUUUACCUGAACAGACAGGCCACGGAGGCAGUAGGACACUCUCCGGUGCCUCCGGGAGCAACCUGCAGCUGCCCCUUAGCAGCUCAGCCACAAUACCCUCCAUACAGUGUAAACACAGAUCGCCGAACGGAGGACUGUUUCGCCAGAGUCCCGUGAAGACCCCCAUUCCCAUGUCAUUCCAGUCUAUGCCAGGCGGGAUCAUUCCAGAGGGCCUGGAACCUUCCCACGGAACAUCCAUAUAA